AUGAGGCCUCAGCAGCAAUGGCUGCUGCUGCUGCUGCUGCUGCUGGUGGCUACCCGCUUGUGCUCUGCAUCGCUGCAGCAGGGCCUGCUCGCUGGCCUGUACGUGCCCGCUCGGGCCUCAAACAGCAGCGGCAGCAGCAGCAGCAACACUUGCUGCAGCAACUACUCCAGCAGCAGCAGAUACAUUAACAUCAGCAGAAUUAGGACUAGCAGCAGCAGCAACAACAACGGCAGUAGGAGAAGAAGCACUUGCUGCAGCGGCUUUAUCUCCAGGGCAGUUGAUCUCAGCCAGCCGCUGCUGCCUCACCGACAAUGGAGCCAUUUGCCUGCGGCUGCUACCAGCAGCAGCUCCUUGCCCAAAGCAGCAACAGCAGCAGCAAAAGCAACAGCAGCAGCAGCAGCAGGAGAUACCUGGGAGCCGACGAACCCCACGCUGAGGGAUUUGCUGCAGCGGCAGCUGCUGGCAACAGCAAGCGACCUUAAAGGGCUCGACUCUCUCCUCAACUACAACCGCAAAGCAGCAGCAGCAGCAGCAACAGCAGCGGCAGCAGCAGCAGAAACAGGGCCAUGCCCGCCUCGAGCAGCCACCUCUGCAGCAGAUGCUGCAGCACAGGCUGCUGCUUUGGAGCUGCUGCAACCUUUCCCCCUCCACGACCCGAGCAGCAGCAGCAGCAACGGCGGCAGCAGCAGCAGCAGCAAAGGCCUUAUCAGUUCUAAUAUUUCCUUUUAUGUUGGUAUUGAUAUGACGGGGCCCUCCUUGCAUGCAGGCCAUUUGCUGCCGCUGCUGCUGCUGCGGCGUUUGUGGCUAUGGGAGGGAGUGCAACCUGUGCUGCUGCUGGGGACAGCAACAGCACGCGUCGCGCUGCAUACACGCAAAGGCAGCAGCAGCAAUAGCAGCAGCAGCAGCAGCCAUGAUGAGGCCUUGCUGCAGCUGCUAGGCUGUGGGGGAUGGAAGUCCUACGAUGAGGAGAUCGAAACUAACUGCAGCAGCGUGCUGCAGCAGCUGCGACGGAUAUUUGCUCUACCAACCCAGCAGCAGCAGCAGCAGCAGCAAAUGAAUUUGCCUAUGCCCUUAGUGGUGCGUAACGACAGGUGGUUAGAGAAGAUCCCUCUUGGGGCUUUCCUUGCAUGCACUGCUCCUCGGCUGUCCCUAGCAGACAUUAUCCCAAGAGCAGCAGCAGCUGCAGCAGGAAGGCAGCAGCAGAACACAUCAGCAGCGCGCAGCAGCAGCAGCAGCAGCAGCAGCGCUGUCGAGGACGACAGGCCAUCGGAGGCCUUCGUUGAAGCCGUCGAUGGUGCAACUGACUUGCAGCAACAGCAGCAGCAGCAGCAGCAGCAGAGCCAGCAGGAAUUGGGUGUAGGAGGAGGUGCAGCAACAGCAGCAGAUAUAAAUUAUGCUUUGCUGCAGGCAUUAGAUUUCGUGCUGCUGUCCAAGUGUCUCCGCUGCUGCUGCCAAAUAGGAGGAAGAGACCAAUGGAAAAAUAUAUCCACGGGCUUACACGUUGCUCGUCGUCUGCUGCAGCAGCCGCAGCAGCAGCAGCAGCAGCAGCAUCAGCAACAGCAGGAGGAGAAUGUCCAACAGCAGCAUAUGAACGAGCAGUCACAACCGCACCAGCAGCAGCAACCUCUGCAGCACAAGCAGCAGCAACAGGAGCAGCAGCAUAAUGGUUUAUUAGGUAUAACAACAAUAUUAUUAGAGGGUAUAGAUGGUAUAAAGAUGGGUAAAAGGGUAAAAAGAGGAAAAGGAGGAAUUAUUUGGCUAAGUGACCAGUGGCUGCUGCUGUGGUUUUCUGAGAGGCCAGCGGAGGAAAUUAUUGCAGCAGCAAAAGACCAAUCUCCUGCCAAUUUAAACAAACUUAAGAGGGAAUUGGCUGAUGAACUUACUCUUCUUGUCCACGGGGAGGAAGGACUGCGCAGUGCUCAUGCUUCCCUUUCUUUCCUGUCCCGCGGCAGUAGCAGUACUAGCAGCAGCAACAGCAGCAACAGCAGCAACAGCAGCAGCAGCGACACUGCAGCAACGGAGGAAUUCCAGGACGAAUUGCCGUUGCUGCCAACACACUUCAUAUCUUCUUCAGAGUUCAUUGAGGUGGGCAACAGCACCAGCAGCAGCACCAGCAGCAGCACCAGCACCAGCAGCAGCACCAGCAGCAGCAACAGCAACAGCAACAGCAGCAGUAACAAUUACAGCAUAAGCAGUUGCUGCUCCUGUAAGGUUUCCUUUGAGACAGGGCCUCCUUUACCACGAGUGUUGCGUAAUGUUGGUUUGUCUCCUUCUGCCCUUGAGGGUUCCCGUCUUAUAAAGGAUGGUGCUGUUCGUCUUAAUGGAGAAAAGAUACAAGAUACAAAUAGACGCCUGCUGCUGUCCGACUUCAAGCAGCAGCAGCAGCAGCAGCAGCAGCAGCAAGAGGUAGCUGCAGUAGCAGUGUUGACUGUUGGCAAGAACCGCCUCGCUGCAUUGGGGCUGCAGCAAGAGCAUGCAGAUGAUGUCUUGUCUUAG